GCGGCCGCCGCCCGGCCAGCACAGCACAGCAGCCGAACCAGCAAGCUGUGAAAAAAAGUGAUGAUGCCCCAAAGCCAAGCAAAAGCAUAGCAGAGAGGCCAGGGGGGCUUCGGCGUGAGCUCCGUCCACCCGCGCGCGACUCCGCCAUGAGAGAUCCCAAACCGAGGAGAAGCCAAGCAGCCCCCACCCUCGCCGCCAAGCUGCGGAAGCACUCCACUUGCCUCCUCCUCCUGCUCUGGUUCGCCCUAUCCCUCUGCCUCUUCCUCUCCGCCGCGCCGCCCGCCGCCGCGCCGCUCAGCCGCUCCUCCUUCCUCCGCUCCAAGCCCCGCGCCCUCGCCGCCACCACCACCGGCGCAGCCGCAUCCCCCGUCCGGAUCUACGUCUACGACCUCCCCGCCCGCUUCAACCGCGACUGGGCCGCCGCCGACGCGCGGUGCGCGCGCCACCUCUUCGCGGCCGAGGUGGCGGUGCACGAGGCGUUGCUCGCCUACGCCGGCCGCGCCGCGCGCCCCGAGGACGCCGACCUCUUUUUCGUCCCCGUCUACGUCUCCUGCAACUUCUCCACUCCCAACGGCUUCCCCUCGCUGUCGCACGCCCGGGGCCUGCUCGCCGAGGCCGUCGACCUCGUCCGGGUCCGGAUGCCGUACUGGAAUCGCUCCGCCGGGGCCGACCACGUCUUCGUCGCCUCCCACGACUUCGGUGCCUGCUUCCAUCCAAUGGAGGAUGUAGCCAUCGCCGACGGCAUACCAGAGUUCCUGAAGAGGUCCAUCCUGCUACAGACAUUUGGUGUCCAAGGCCAUCAUGUAUGUCAGGAGGUGGAGCAUGUUGUGAUCCCACCUCAUGUGCCGCCGGAGGUGGCUCAUGAACUACCGGAGCCAGAGAAGGCUCAGAGGGACAUUUUUGCCUUCUUUCGAGGCAAGAUGGAGGUGCACCCCAAGAACAUUAGUGGCCGCUUCUACAGCAAGAAGGUGAGGACUGAGCUUCUACAACAUUAUGGUCGCAACCGCAAGUUCUACCUUAAGAGAAAGCGGUUUGACAACUACCGAUCUGAGAUGGCUCGGUCGUUGUUCUGUCUCUGUCCGCUGGGAUGGGCGCCUUGGAGUCCUCGGCUUGUGGAAUCAGUCCUCCUAGGCUGCAUUCCUGUUAUAAUUGCUGAUAACAUACGUCUGCCGUUCCCUUCAGUCCUCCAGUGGCCGGAGAUCUCAUUGCAGGUGGCUGAGAAGGACAUAGCCAACCUUGAGAUGGUGCUUGACCAUGUCGUAGCAACCAAUUUGACUAUGAUACAGAAGAAUUUGUGGGAUCCAGUGAAGCGUAAGGCUCUAGUUUUCAAUCGUCCGAUGGAAGUGGGAGAUGCUACAUGGCAAGUGUUGAGGGAGCUUGAGGUUUUGCUAGACCAGUCUCAAAGGAGGAGAUAUGUUGGAUCCUGGAGGAGGUGAAAACCAGAAAAUGUCAGUUUUGUAUGAUCUGUUGCAGCUGUGCACCCAUGGUCUGCACUCUGCAGUUCACAGCAUGCCGCCCUGGCUGACAACAUCAACAUUGAGUCAAGACUUGAGCCUGAGAUCCAUCUCUGACUUGAUUUUUUCUCACCAGAAAUUCAGAAUGUCGAUCUCAAACCAGAGCUCUACUUCUGACAUGGAUUUUUGUAAUCCAGAAACUCAGAAUAUUGAUCUCAUGCCAGAGAUCCCAACUUUCAGUUAGUCAAUGGGAUGAUAGCUCAACCUUCAUUGGUUUUGUUGUUUGGUUAGUGCCUAACUGGAGAUCCCAAUCUCGGUUGACGAGUUGACCAACUCUGCAUGCAUAGGGAAAUUGUUUACACAUUUAUUUAUUCUUUUGAGAAGUGGGAAGAACAUAGAUGUUAUUGUAUUACAGGCUUUUUGCUUUUGUUGCCAUAGAACAUAGAUCUUAUAUUGUAUUACAGGUUUUUUUCCCUGGUUGUACACCUGUAUAGCUGCCGGGCUUUUCCAACUUGGUAUUGGUAUGCUACUUCAAUUCUUCUGUAAAUAGAAUGAUGUCAAAGAAUGUAUGGAUUGUAAGAUAAUCAUAAGCACUCUAGCAUAUUAAAAGAACAGUGAAACAUUACUAAGAUCUAUUAUUGGUAC